UUUUUUUUUUAUGUAAAGAGAGAGUAUCAAGGCCUGCAAUGGAUUAUUCAAUAAGCCGUUUGCAGGGAAGCAAAGCGGCCAAAAAGGCGAAAUCCAAGAAGAAGAACAACAAGAAGCCUAUCAAAGUGGUGUACAUAUCCAACCCCAUGAAAGUAAAGACCAGUCCCUCAAAAUUCAGGGCCUUGGUGCAAGAACUCACUGGCCAAGAUGCCGAAUUGGCUGACCCAACCAAGUUCACCGACACCGACGACGACGUCGGCAAUCAGACGGUUCCGGAUGCUGCAAAAAACAGUAUUGAUGAUCAUGCACAGGAGUUCCCUAGAGUAGGGGAACAACCAACUGGUCAUCGUCAUCAUGAGCAACAGCACUCCACCAUGGCUUAUGAUCAGGAUGUCCCCUUUGAGACCUUUGACGAGGUUUUUACACCGUAUAUGCAAGAGAAUUUUACAGGGUUCUUGCCUCCAGGCCUUUUCUUAUGAAUAAGCUUGAAUGCACUAAGAAGCUAGCCUUUGAUUAAAUGUAAAAGGAAAAUUGCAGCUUGGGUUUCUGAAAAGACUGUGGUUCUAGGAGGCUAAAGGCAAAACCAGUGGUGCAAAUCGAUUUUCCAGGUCAUAAAAGGUAAGAUUUUGUUCGGAAGCUCAUCAAGCUAAAAUUAAGUACUUACCAAAGCUAAAGUUGGGCAUUCAGUAGAGUUUGGAGAAAAUUUAAGGAAUAUCCAUCCCAUGCCACCUCCUUGUCAUAACUUUUUCUUUGAUUUCAUUUCAUAGUUUAACCCUAGAACAAAUAAUAAUUACUCCUAUAACACAAUGUUGGAUAUGUGCCAUCGGUUAAUAGUUUUUUUUU